UCCGUCAGUCAGUGCCGCGCGCCCGCCCGGUCCUGGCCACCAUGGCCGGGCUCGUGGUCAGUGGAACUCAAGUGUCCUACAUAGCCCAGGACUGCAGAGAAAUUCCAGAGCACCUUGGCAGGGACUGUGGACAUUUUGCAAAGAGGCUUGAUCUGAGCUUUAACCUCCUGAGGUCACUGGAAGGACUGAGCGCAUUCAGGAGCCUGGAGGAACUCAUCUUGGACAACAACCUGCUGGGGGACGACCUCGUGUUGCCACGGUUACCCAGACUCCAUACCUUAACCCUCAACAAGAACCAAAUCACAGAUUUGGAGUACCUGCUUGAUCACCUGGCAGAAGUGACACCCGCUCUGGAGUAUCUGAGCCUGCUGGGCAAUGUGGCCUGUCCCAAUGAGCUGGUCAGCUUGGAAAAAGAUGAGGAAGACUACAAGAGAUACAGAUGUUUUGUUCUGCACAAGCUGCCCAACUUGAAGUUUCUGGAUGCCCAGAAAGUAACCAGACAAGAACGGGAGGAGGCGAUGGUCAGAGGAGCCUUCAUGAAGGUGGUGAAGCCCAAGGGUGCCAGCGAGGAUGCCGCUGCUGCUCCAGAGCUCCACUACACGCCCUUGCCAUCUGCUUCCAGGGAACUCACCAGUCACCGAGGUGUCCUGGGGAAGUGUCGCUACAUUUACUAUGGGAAGAACUCAGAGGGCAACAGGUUUAUCCGCGAUGACCAACUCUGAAAGCCCAGAUGUGUUUGCCUCAGCCUAAUUUGUGAAAAUAAGAGGGAAAGGGAAAUCAAAAAUAAAGAAGAAGAAAAA